AUGGGAUGUAUAAAAUCAAAAAGGAAAGAGAAUCUGCAUGGAGAUGGGCUAGAUUUGAAGAAUCAACCAGUACGUAAAACUGAACGAACUAUUUAUGUGAGGGAUCCAACGUCCAAUAAACAGCAAAGGCCAGCAAAUCCAGAAGCACAGCUCUUACCAGGACAGAGGUUUGUCAGUGAAGAAGCAGAGGAGCAUGGAGUCAUUGUGGUAGCUUUGUAUCCCUAUGAUGGCAUUCAUGAAGAUGACUUGUCCUUCAAAAAAGGAGAAAAAUUGAAAGUUAUAGAGGAGCUGGGGGAAUGGUGGAGAGCAAAAUCUCUCACGACAAGGAAGGAAGGCUUCAUUCCCAGCAACUACGUAGCAAAAGUAAACACCUUGGAAACAGAAGAAUGGUUCUUCAAAGACAUAACCCGAAAAGAUGCUGAAAGACAACUCCUGGCUCCUGGAAAUGGUCCUGGAGCUUUCCUUAUCAGGGAAAGUGAAACAUUAAAAGGCAGCUAUUCUCUCUCCAUAAGAGACUAUGACCCACAGCAUGGCGAUGUUAUUAAGCACUACAAAAUUAGAAGUCUAGACAAUGGAGGAUUUUACAUCUCUCCAAGAAUAACUUUUCCCAACAUCAAUGAUAUGAUAAAACAUUAUCAAAAGCAAUCAGAUGGCUUAUGCAGAAAGUUGGAAAAGGCUUGUAUUAGUCCCAAGCCUCAAAAGCCAUGGGAUAAAGAUGCAUGGGAAAUUCCACGGGAAUCGAUUAAAUUAGUGAAGAAACUUGGAGCUGGUCAAUUUGGAGAAGUCUGGAUGGGUUACUAUCACAAUAGCACGAAAGUGGCUGUGAAGACUCUGAAGCCUGGAACGAUGUCUGUGCAAGCCUUUCUGGAGGAAGCCAACCUCAUGAAAACACUUCAGCAUGAUAAGCUUGUUAGGCUUUAUGCUGUUGUGACCAAAGAAGAACCUAUUUAUAUUAUAACAGAAUUCAUGGCUAAAGGGAGCUUGCUGGAUUUCCUGAAGAGUGAUGAAGGAAGCAAAUUGUUGCUUCCAAAGCUAAUCGACUUCUCUGCUCAGAUUGCCGAAGGGAUGGCAUACAUAGAAAGAAAAAAUUAUAUCCAUCGAGAUUUGAGAGCAGCGAAUGUUCUGGUUUCGGACUUACUGAUGUGCAAAAUUGCUGAUUUUGGACUAGCGAGAGUCAUUGAAGACAACGAAUAUACAGCAAGGGAAGGUGCAAAAUUCCCUAUUAAAUGGACAGCACCAGAGGCAAUAAACUAUGGAUCUUUCACUAUUAAAUCUGAUGUGUGGUCAUUUGGGAUUCUCCUGUAUGAAAUCGUUACAUAUGGAAAGAUUCCUUAUCCAGGCAUGAGCAAUUCAGAUGUGAUGGUUGCUCUUCAGCGCGGGUACCGAAUGCCACGCAUGGAAACUUGUCCAGCCGAGCUUUAUGAUAUCAUGAAAACAUGCUGGAAAGACAAAGCAGAAGAGAGGCCAACAUUCGAUUAUCUACAGAGCGUGCUUGAUGACUUCUACACAGCAACAGAAGGGCAGUAUCAACAACAGCCAUAG